AUGUCCUUUCUAGUGAGAGCCAUCGUGGCCCUCGCUGGCCUUUACGUUCUCAAAACUUUCUUGACUCGCAAGAAGUUUCCUGCGCCCCUUCCUCCCGGCCCUAAACCAAAGCCGAUCAUUGGGAACUUGCGGGACCUCCCACCUUCAGGCGAGCACGACUGGUUGCAUUGGUACAAGCACAAGGAACUUUAUGGUCCCAUCAGCUCACUAAGCGUCUUUGGAGAGACUCUCAUUAUUGUCAACGAUGCACAGAUUGCAGUCGAGUUGUUGGAGAAGCGUUCUGUUAUAUACUCGGACCGUCCGAGCGGACAUUUUACUGAAAUGGCUGGCUUCGGAAAUGUUCUCACCACGAAGAACAACAAUGAUUACCGUGUUCGGGCUCAGCGGAAGCUAUUCCGCCAACAAAUUGGUUCGAACGCCUCCGUUGCGCGUUUCAAUCCUAUUCAAGAGGCCGAGGUGGGCCGCUUUCUGGUUCGGGUGCUUGAUAACCCCGGGGACCUACGAGACCACAUACGGAAGGAAGCCGGUGCCAUCAUCCUGAAGCUCGCAUACGGAUACACUGUUGAGCCACAUGGGCGCGACCCAUUGGUUGACCUUGUGAACCAGGCGAUGGCGGACUUUGCUGAGUCCAUUCUCCCGGGGACUUGGCUCGUGGAUUUCCUCCCCAGUCUGCAAUACCUUCCGGUCUGGUUUCCAGGCGCCACAUUCGCACGCACAGCAGAAGCCUUCAGAAAAGUCGCUCGAGCCUGGGGCAGCCAGCCAUACGAAUUCGUUAGGCAGCAGAUGUCCCAGAAAAACUACACGCCAUCGUACGUUUCUGGUCUCGUUGAGCAGAAUGGGUUCCCCGUGCCGGGCUCACGGGAGGAAAAUGUCCUCAAGUGGUCUGCAUCGGCGAUAUUCGGUGGGGGAUCUGACACGACCAUCUCUACGAUGGGCGCUCUCUUCCUCGCAAUGGCCAUCUACCCGGAUGUGCAGCGCAAAGCACAGGAAGAGAUUGAUCGUGUCGUCGGAACGGGGCGUCUUCCUGGCUAUGCCGACCGGGACAACCUUCCGUACAUCAACGCCAUGGUCAAGGAGUCCGUCCGCUGGCACUCGGUGAUCCCGAUGGGAGUUGCCCACGCAUCGAUGCAAGACGACAUAUGCGAGGGCUACUUCAUCCCGAAGGGAUCUCAAAUCCUACCCAACCAGUGGGCGUUCACCCACGACCCAACCGUCUAUUCCGAUCCAAUGGCCUUCAAGCCCGAACGCUUCCUAGCUUACGACGAUCACGUUCCCGAGCGCGAUCCUCACCUGCUAGCCUUCGGGUUCGGCCGUCGCGUCUGUCCCGGCCGAACACUAGCAGAUUCAAACAUCUACCUAAGCCUCGUACAGUCGCUGGCCGUAUUCCGCAUCACCAAACCCAUCAAAGACGGCAAGGAGGUCGACUUGAGGCUGGACAUCCUGCCGGGCGUGAUCAGUCACGUAGCGCCUUACGAAGUGGACAUCAAGCCUCGAAGUGCGCAACAUGAGGCGCUGAUUCGGGCCGUGGAGACCCAAUACCCAUGGGAGAAGGGUCACGCGGAGGAACUUAGUCAGGUGAAGUGGUGA